UGGUGCAUUUCUUACUUAUUCUUCUUAAACCAAACCCAUUUCAGCUACCAUCUCUCUAACACAGCCCGUCGAAUUUUGCGGAGGUUUCGAGCAAGAAUUAAAUAAGUUGAUUUCAACAAGAUCAACGCGCGUCGAAUUAUCUCCAACUACAGCCGUUCUGUUGGUAUUCGAUUCAUCUGCUUGGUAGAAAAGGUUAUCAUGUCAACAUCAAAUAUGGUUGUCCCUGAGCUUCUUACACCUACCUUGAAUAACUAUGAUGACUGGAAAGUUUACAUGGAAAGCUACUUAAAGGGGCAAGGCACCUGGGACAUUGUCAAUGGAACUGAAUGUGAGCCAUCAGAGAACGACCCCAAGGCCAAAGUGGUCUGGAGAGAGAAGAAUGCCAGAGCUCUACAUGCAAUUCAAAUUUCUUGUGGUCCUGAGAUGUUCUCCCGUAUUAAAGAGUUAAAGGCAGCUGAAGGUGUGUGGGAACUUCUGGCAAAUUUUCUGGAUGUUAAGCGAGGUUACAUACACAUUGAGUUAGAGAUGGAAAGAUUCAUACUACAGUUUCAUGGAGCAGGAAGGCAAUUUGUAUGGAGGCUUUGGCAUAUAUGGAACACUAUAUAAGACAGAACUGGACAGAGAUAUUGAAGCAGCGAAUUUCUCAGACUUCAGAAGCAUGAGUGUUCCGAUUGAUAUGUCAUUAAUGAACACUGCUCUCCAUAUUGCAGCCAUGAAAGGAGACACAGAUUUUCUCAAUGAUAUGUCCUGCCACAUUUCAGCACAACAGUUGGAAAUUCGAAACUCCUAUGGGCUUACAUCUCUUCAUUAUGCUGCUUUAUUUGGAAGAAUUGAGUUUGCAAAGGGCUUAUUGAGUAUAAAUCGUAAAUUGCUAUUGAUCACUGAUAAUGGUGGUAUCAAUACUCCGCUCAUAUUGGCUGCUUAUGCGGGCCAAAAGGAUUUGAUCAUGUAUCUCUACUCUGAAACUGCAUUAGAAGACCUGACAUCACAGUCCUCCAGUGCACUUCUUACCUCUUUGAUUACAGCUGACAUGUAUGGUUUAGCUGGGGAUCUGGUUAGGCGGUCCAACAAAUUAGACAUUUACUCAUGGAAGAUUGCCUUGCAAGAAUUGGCCAAAAGACCUCAGGCAUUUGAAAGGCAAAUUAAUAUUGUCCCAAGGUUAAUUUUCUCAUCCUGCCAAAGGAUGAACAGACGAGGCCAGAAUUUUCUCCUACGACUAGUACCAGGUCUGAAGACUCUGUACGAGGAGAAAUUGAGGAGCAGUGAUGCAAGAGACUUGCUCAAUGAACUCUUUUAUAAGCUUCGAAUUGCUGACAUAGAUGAUGAGGUGGUGGAGAUACUUGCAACAUCACUGACCCUUGCUGCAGAGUUUGGAGUGGUGGAGUUCUUUGACAUGGCUUUUCAAAAAGCUGGUCGCAUCUUAGGAUACUUUGGCCCUCGUUGGCUUCCUUUGAUUAAAAUUGUGGUCAUAAAUCGACGGUUAAGGAUUUUAGAUCUGUUAAGUAAGAAAAUUAUUGGAAGACCUUUGGUAGGAGGCUUUUUGGAUGAUUCUAGAAACACAAUUCUGCAUUGGGCAACUGUUCCUGGAGCAAUUUUCCGGUUGCAAGCUGAACUCCAAUGGUUUAAGGGAGUCGAAAAAUUUGUUUCCCCCUCCUAUACAAAUCAAACAAACUUAGAGGGUGAGACAGCGAGAGCUUUAUUUAAUAAAGAGCACAGACAGCUGAUUGUUGAAGGAGAGAAAUGGACCAAGGAGAUGGCAUCGUCGUGUUCAUUCAUUGCUGCCCUCAUCAUCACGGUAUCUUUUGCUGCAGCUUUUACUGUACCAGGUGGUAACAAGGACAAUGUAGGCAUUCCUGUUUUCCUAUCGGAUCAUACCUUCAUGUUAUUUGUGGUAUCUGAUACAGUAGCCUUCUUUGGUGCAACGGCUUCAUUGCUAUCAUUCCUUAGAUUUUUCACUUUGAACAGCACAGAAGAUGCUCUCAUGCUACUGCCUGACACUAUGAUAUCCCGGCUCACUACGCUCUUCAUCUCUGUGUUUGCCAUGAUGUUGGCCUUCAUUGCUGCCAUUGUUAUAAUGUUCCAUGAUUGAUUUCCUUUGGUGUCCAUUGUACUGGCCUCGCUUGUUUCUGUCCCGGUGGCAACGCUGUUUUCACGGCAUCAUCAAUGGAUUUCGAAAAGUUGUUAGUUGUUA